CAGUUGCCAAUCGUGUUCGUCGCUCACAUCCGGGCCACGCUGCUCCUCCUGCUCCGGUGCUCGGCGGCUGGAGUGGUCUGCUUCCAAAAAGGGUUAAGAAUAGCUGAGAUCCUGGCGCAGGAGGAGCAGGAACCAUCGUGGGCCACUGGGGACACAGAAGUGGAGGCUGGAUUUCAUGACUUAUUGACAUUUUAUGGCUAUGACGAAUCAAAUUGUUUAUCAGACAGUGAAGUAGAUAAUACUCAGCCUGAAACCACACAGCCCUUUGGUUUUCUACAAGCGGAGCAAGUGUGCCCUGAACCUUCACAGAUGUCUCCCUCCUUGGCUUCAGGAGGGUCAACUGAUCUCUCCCCACGCUUUGCUGACUCUCCAGAUGACUGGACGUUGGAGUCGGAAAUGAGAACCGAGGAGGCUAUGUUUGGAUCUGAGCCUCAGCUUCCAUAUCUAAGAUACACUCCAACAGGUAAGAGAGAUUCUCAGGAAAAGGACCAACUGCUGUGGGAUCCUAAUGUCAUACCAGAAAGAGAAGUGGAGAGUUACCUCAGUCAGGCAGCAGAAUAUCAAAACCAAGCCGGGGGGAGAUAUUGCCAAGAUGAAGGAAACGUCAAGGAUAAUGAACAGGCUCUCUACGAAUUGGUGAAAUGUAGAUUUAACACAGACGAGGCUCUGCGGAGGCUGUCUUUUAAUGUCAAGGUUGUACAAGGUCAUCUAUGUGCAUGGAGUGAGGAUGAAUGUAGAAGUUUUGAGCAAGGGUUUCGGGUCUAUGGUAAAAACUUCCAUCUUAUCCAGGCAAACAAGGUGCGUACACGGUCAGUGGGGGAGUGUGUGCAGUACUACUACACCUGGAAGAAAUCUGAGCGUUUUGAGCAUUUCUCACAGAGCCGCCUGGGCAGGAGGAAGCAGCUGCUGACCACUACAUCAGUAGAGUAUGAAUGUGAUGUGCCAAACUUGGACUGUCGAUUUGGGUUGCGGGGAUUGGCCUUAAGAAAAGAUGGUAUUGCAGGCUCUAAGCAGAACUCUUCCCAGAACACUACCUGCUCCUGCGAGAAAGAUCAGUUUACUUGUGGACUCCACUCCCACCCUUCCCCCAACCAGGAGGAUCAUCAAGUACCUCCUCCAAUCAGCAGUGGAAAUCUUAGUCUUGAUCUCUGUCCUCCAGAAAGGCCUGUAUUGCUUGAUGUCAGGAAACAAGACCAUCCUCUGGAGGCAUUUAAUAUGGCUGACUUGUCCCUUCCCGGCUUCAUGUCAAGACCAUCAAUUUUUUGUACCAAUCCUAUCUCCCCCUGAUUUCACACCUUUUGGCAUAAAUGAAGACAAGGCUAUUUUGGCACACUUGAUGCGUCCACUAUUGGGUCACUAGUUACUUGUGUUCCUAUCUGCUUAUUUUUAUGAUCUCAGGAAGACAUACCCAACAUUACCAGAUGUUUUGGAGCAUUUGAUAUUUGAAGUAUUGAGUGGUGACAUAUGCAGGAACUAGAUAUGUAACAUAUGCUCUUUUUAUUUAAUUGUAAUUUUUUUUAUGGGUUUGCAAUUGACCUGUGACAUUGCACACUAACCAGUUCUGAUAUAUAAUAUGCUCAUAUAAUGUACUAGUGUUUUUGUUUUGUUUUGUUUUUUUUUGUUAUGCAAGCACUGUCAUUUUCAAAGUGCUUCUUGGUCAGUUUGUUGACUUUUUAAAUAAAUUAAUUUUUGACAAACCUGUUACGUUCAUGGUACGUAUUGAAACCUUUUGUUUUUAGGCCCGGACUGGCAUCUCGGGCCUAGCACAGUAGAGUAUGGCCACUGCCAUUUUGUACUGCCAGCCAUCUUGGCUUACUUGCUUUCGUGGACUGCAAUAAUGAUACUGAAUGAGCUCAGAACCUGCUGUUAUAUGAAGGGAUGGUCACUGGUAAUGUUCAGUAGACUGAGCAGACAUUUUCUUGGUUUGUUUGCAGUUUGAGCAGUGCUGCAUGUUGGUUCAAGCCUUUCUGUACCUCCAUAGAUUGAACCGAUUUUCAGUACCACUUGCAUUCUAAUAUCCAAUCCACAAGCGUGUACUAUUGUACAUAUUUGCUAAUACACUUUAAAUUGUAAGAUGCAUUUAUUGUUUGCCUAUUUAAGCUGCUGUAUUUCAUUUGAGCUGCAUCUACGUAGAGUUUGUUCUAGGCACCCAAUACUCCUGCAUUAAAGAGCAUCUGUCAGCACGAUCUGCCCUAUUAAGCCAGGCCAUGAUGCUGAGUUAAACGAUUCCUCUGUAUUUGAAAUUGGUGUCCCUAUUGUAGAGAAAUCUGCACUUUAUUUCAUAGGCUAAUGAUGUAUUCGGGGUAUUAAUAGGCAGGCCUAGCCCCUUAGAUCACUGAUUCACCACCACUGUAAG